UACGUUUAACUGAAAGGGCAAUAAGGAAGGACAAAAUUGGAAUUGUGAAAUAGCUAGGGUUUGAAUUUAUAAGCUGAUAAAACCCAACUCUUGCAGAGCCGUCGUCCGUCUUUGAGAACAUCGAAACCCUAAGGACCUCCGUCACCGGCGACAAUGGGUAUCUCUCGUGAUUCUAUGCACAAGAGACGUGCCACUGGAGGAAAGCAGAAGACUUGGAGAAAGAAGAGAAAGUAUGAGCUUGGCAGACAGCCAGCAAACACAAAGCUGGUGCCAAAUGCUAAGACUGUCAGAAGGAUAAGAGUCCGAGGAGGUAAUGUGAAGUGGCGUGCUUUGAGGUUGGAUACUGGGAAUUUCUCUUGGGGUAGCGAGGCUGUUACAAGGAAGACUCGUCUGUUGGAUGUGGUGUAUAACGCCUCUAACAAUGAGUUGGUUAGGACACAAACCCUGGUGAAGAGUGCAAUUAUUCAGGUUGACGCAGCUCCAUUUAAGCAGUGGUAUCUCCAGCACUAUGGAGUUGAAAUCGGUCGCAAGAAGAAGACUGCUGCUUCUUCCAAAAAGGAAGGAGAGGAGGCUGAGGCUGUAGCAGAGGAGAAAAAGAGUAACCAUGUCCAAAGAAAGCUGGAAAAGAGGCAACAGGAUCGCAAGAUUGACCCACAUGUCGAGGAGCAAUUUGCUAGUGGGCGUCUAUUGGCUGCAAUCUCAUCGCGACCUGGCCAGUGUGGUCGUGCUGAUGGUUACAUAUUGGAAGGAAAGGAACUUGAAUUUUACAUGAAGAAACUUCAGAAGAAGAAAGGGAAGGGUGCCGGUGCUGCUGCUUAGAGUUGCAGGCUCCAAUUUUUAAAUUAUCAGAACAAAUUUGAUUUUGUUUUUUCUUCCCUAUUCAACAGUCUCACUUCAUUGAAAGGGAAUGAUAAACUUCUUGUAUCAGAAUUAUAUUCAAGUUUGUUUUGCAUAUGCUUAACUGAGAAUUUUGAGAACAACCUACUUUAUGAAAAAAAGAAUUUUGAGAACA